AUGCAAUCUUAUACUGAACGCGCUAUUCCAAAACCACAACGGCCACCCCCACCACCACCUCCAUCACAAUCCCAACUUUUGACUGAACAAACAAUUUUAUCUCCCCAAUUUGAGGCAUCAUCUUCUUCUUCGCCUGCAGAAACAUCAAUUGAAUCCAUUAAUGAUAAGGAAAAACAUCAUCCAUCUCUUCUAUCGGAAUUUAAACGUCUUUUCGAUACUUUCAAUUAUGAAUCUAUUCGCGAAGCUAUUCUAGAUCGUCAUAUGAUAGAAUGUUCUUUUACAACUGUAUUAUGGCGUAUAUUUCUACAUUGUCUACCACGUGAUUCAAAUGAAUGGAAUGAAAUGCUUAAUACAUCUCGUAUUAACUAUGAAAAACUUGUUAAUCAAUAUAAAAUUGAUCCAUAUAAGAUGAAUGAUGAUAAUAAUGAUGAUACAAAAAAUGUUAAUCAUCCACUUUCGCAUGAUGAAAAUAGUUUAUGGGCGCAAUAUUUUGCUGACGAAGAACUUAAAGGAAUUAUUAUCAUAGAUGUUCGAAGAACUUAUCCAGAUAUAACAUUUUUUCGUGAUCCACGUAUGAUAGAUCUUCAAUUACGAAUAUUAUUUAAUCAUAGUCGACAUCAUCAUAAAACAAUACCAUAUCGUCAAGGUAUGCAUGAAAUUCUUGGUAUUAUUGUAUAUGCUAUUUGUUCGGAAAGUUUAAAAAUAAAUGAAUAUCAAGAAUCCAAUGAAUUAAUGAAGAAAUUAUAUGAUUCACAAUAUCUUGAACAUGAUGCUUAUGGAAUAUUUGAAAAAAUCAUGGAACAUCUACGACAAUUUUAUGCUCUUACAAAAAACAAUUCAAAUAUGCGUAAAAGUAAGAGUGUGAAUGAUACGAAAAAAUUAAUACCAUUUCAAAGAUUGAAUCAUAUGGAAAUAUCAAUAAAUGAUUCUGCGACACGAAUGAAUUCAAUCUUUGAACGUUUAAGAACUUAUGAUCGAUUACUACAUGAUAAACUUCAAGAAUUUAAUAUCGAACCAACCGUUUAUGGCAUACGUUGGCUUCGACUUUUAUUUGGACGUGAAAUUCCAUUUGAAUCUAUUCCGAAUCUUUGGACAGUGAUUUUUUGUUUUGAUGAACAUUUUGGAUUUGUGGAUUAUUUUUUUAUCGCGCUUCUAAUACAACUCGGACAAAUAAUUGGAAAACAAGAAGAACUAGAACAUACUAGUUAUUUGCAGUCACUUAUGAAACAAAAUGUUAUUACCAAUAUUGAACCUGUGAUUCGAAAAGCUCUUAAUUUAACCGGAAGACAAAUACAACUCUUACCUGACGAACCGAUUAUUUCAUCAAUACGAAAAACAGAGGGAAGUGAACUAUAUUCAAUAGAAAAUGAUCGAGAAGAUUCCACUCGAGCAAAAGAACUUCAACGUAUACCGAUAGCUUCAACACCAAAACGAAAAUUGAUUCGUCCUCAUAUAGCAGAUGCACGAAAAUCAGUAUCACCUCCUCAAAUGAAUAACCAAAUGGAACCAAUAAAGCAUAGUUCUUCGAAUAAUACUUCAUCGUCAGAAAUGAUCAAAUCAUCCGAGUCCUAUAAUUUUCUAGAUUCAGAAAUGAAUCCACGAGUUGAAAAAACAGUACGUGAACGAUUUGAGGAUAAUAUUCGUUUACAAAAAUGUUGUGCUCAAUAUAUGAAUAAAUUUAUUGAACGAUUACAGAAACAAGUAUGUGAUUUAGGAAUUCCAAAUGAAGAUGAAUUACAUAUUCAAUUAUCUGGAUUAAAACAAAUUGCUACUGUUCUAGAUGGUACGUUAACAUUUGAUGGUGCUUCUCUUCAAACUCUUGUUGAUUAUAAACAUAAACCUGAGUCGUCAAUUGAAGAAAAUAAUAAUGAUACAGGUUAA